AUGGGCAUGGUGGUGGUCAGCGAUGCCUCUGGUGUCAAGGCUCCAGAUGGUGGAUGGGGCUGGGCUGUCCUCUUUGGCUGUUUCAUCAUCACAGGCUUCUCGUACGCCUUCCCCAAAGCGGUCAGCGUCUUCUUUAAGGAGCUCAUCCGGGAGUUUGGUGUUGGCUACAGUGACACGGCUUGGAUCUCCUCUAUCCUGCUGGCCAUGCUCUAUGGGACAGGUCCACUGUGCAGUAUAUGUGUGAACCGAUUUGGCUGCCGACCCGUCAUGUUGGUGGGCGGCCUCUUUGCCUCGAUCGGGAUGGUGGCUGCCUCCUUCUGCACCAAUAUCAUUCAGCUCUACUUCACAGCUGGAGUCAUCACUGGCUUGGGCUUGGCCCUCAACUUCCAGCCCUCCCUCAUCAUGCUCAACUGCUACUUUGACAAGAGGCGCCCGUUAGCCAACGGUCUCUCAGCUGCAGGUAGCCCCGUGUUCCUCUGCAUACUCUCCCCACUAGGACAGUUCUUACAGGACUAUUAUGGAUGGCGAGGGGGCUUCCUUAUUCUGGGGGCCUUGCUGCUGAACUGCUGUGUCUGUGGGGCCCUGAUGAGGCCUCUUGAGGCUCCCAAGAAGAGUGGAGAAGCUAAGCUACAGUCACAGAAGAAAAAAAAGCUUUUGGACUUGAGUGUUUUCAAGAACUGUGGUUUUGUCAUCUAUACCCUGGCAGCUUCUAUUAUGGUAUUUGGACUCUUUGUACCACCUGUUUUUGUGGUAAGCUAUGCCAAAGAUAUGGGAGUACCAGACACAAAGGCUGCCUUCCUGCUGACUGUUCUUGGCUUCAUUGACAUUUUUGCCCGGCCCAUCUGUGGAUUGGUGGCUGGAACCAAGUGGGUCAGACCCCGCUGUGUCUACCUCUUCAGUUUUUCCAUGAUCUUUAAUGGUUUGACUGAUCUCCUAGGUGGUUUCUUGGCAGAGUCCUACAUGGGCUUAGCAGUCUUCUGUGUUUUUUUUGGCAUAUCUUAUGGCAUGGUAGGAGCCUUGCAGUUUGAAGUGCUCAUGGCCAUCGUUGGCACCCAAAAGUUCUCUAGCGCCAUUGGCCUUGUACUAUUAAUGGAGGCAAUUGCUGUGUUAAUCGGACCUCCUGGUGCAGGCAAACUCCUGGAUGCGACUCACAUCUACAAGUACGUGUUUAUCCUGGCGGGAGCUGAGGUGGUCGCCGCUGCCCUGGUGCUGGCUCUGGGCAACAUCUUCUGCAUUAAGAAAAAAUCAGAAGACCCUCAGACCAAAAAGGAGAUUGCAGAGAAGGAGGAGCUCGACAGAUUGGCAGACAAGUCUUCUGAGGAGGCUAGAAUAGACUCAGUAGAAGUGGAAUGCUUCUUGAAAGCAGAACCUGAGAAAAAUGGGGAGAUUGUGACCAGCCCAGAGACCUCCGUCUGAAGGGGAGCCUGGGCUCUGAGUUA